AUCAUUACUUGGUUUUAUCGACUCAGUAAAGUACAUACAAUCAAAUUAUUCAGAAAUGGCUCGUUUCCUACAAAUCCUGCUCGUCGCCUGUUUGGCUUUCGCAUUCUGUGCCGCUGAAACUCCACGUUAUCGUGGACGUAAUGGACGUCUUCAACUCUCUAGGCAACGCAGCCGCUUCUUGGCACGUCAAGAAGCUGCUGAAGAAGCUGCUGUGACCCCAUAUCCUUCCAAAAAUGAACAGAUUCCAGAGAUUCCAUUCGAUGAAGCCGCCGCUGCCGAAGCACCUGAAGUGCCAGUUGAACCUGAGACACCAGCUGCACCAGAAGGUGACAUAAACGUCUCUGUGAAUGUUGACCUCCCAGCCGAACAGGAACCAGUUGAGGAAGAAGUUGAUGAAGCCGCUGUUGCUGUUGAUGCUGAGGGUGAACACGAACCAGAUCUCAUCUAUGGCCCACCAGAGGCCGAGGAUGUACCUGAUGUGAACGAAAUUACCCCCGUUGAAGAAAUCGAAGCCACCAUCGCUGAGGAAGAAGAAGAACAAGCAGCUGCUGAGGAAGCUAUCCAAUCUGAACGUUUGACUUUCGGCCGUCGCAUAAACGCACGCAAAUCUGCUCGUCCAGCUAAGUUGCGCGCCCCAGCUCGUGCUCGUGCCACCUCCGCUAAAUCGGCCAGAAUUGUUAAAGCCAAGGUUACAACCAAGGCACGCUCAGCUCGUCUGCAACAACUCCCACAACAACAGCAAUUCUUUGUUGCUCAACAAUUUGCGGCUCAACAACAGCAACAACCUAUUGUCUACUACACCGCCGGUCAACUGCAACAGUGGUAA